AUGAGAAAUUUAGAACAUGGGGAUAUAGAUGUUGGAAAAAAAAAGGAACGUGCCAUUACUGGUGUUCGAAUGAGUGGUGUUGGACCAUUGAUAGCGGCGUCGCCAACACGGCAUAAUGAUCCAAACAUGGCGACAAUUCAGCCAAUUGAAAUCAGUCAAUUCGCACAAAAUCCUGCUCUUUGGCCCAAUAUAGAAUCGAUGGAGCAACAUGCUAUUGCACCACAUACGGCACAUCCUCAUCGAAUGCAGCAUCAUCAGUUCCCUCAAAUGUUAUCUCAACCGUACACAGAGAUAAACGGUGAUGUAAAUGGGUAUGGAGUAGCGAAUCAAUACGGUGUAAAUAUGGAACAUGAACUGGAUUUCUCGCCUCAUGUGAAUGCAUCCGAAAUGUCAUCAUCGGGCAGCGAUUAA